AUGCUAUCGAGAGUCAUCGGAAGCGAAAUCAAAAGCUUCACACGUCUUGCCAGCACCGCUACUCGAAAAAAACUUAUUUUGAAUAGAAAGAAAGAUAAAAAAGCCGCUUUGACACCGCACUGCCAAGAAAAGCUGAAAGAAUGGGGAUCGCUUCUUUCGAAAGAAAUUGCAGCCGAAGAAAAACAAUACUUGAACUUGCUCGAUCAAGGCGAAGAGGGACUCGAAACACUUGAAACAAGAGGACGAUUCUUGGGUGGAUUGAUAAACACUUCGAAAGAAUAUUCACCGUUUAUGGGCCUCCAGUGUGUCUUUCGAGUUCCAAAUAGACGAAAUCUUGAUGAACUAAAAAUUUUGAAAGCCGGUACACCAGUGACUAUAAAUACGGAAGAUGCAAAAGAAAAGGUCGCAGAAGCAGUCAUCUAUGGUUUUGAAUCAAAUCUUGUUGGACUAAAAAUUCGAAAGCAAGACAAUGAUAAAUCACAACGGAUAGAACGAGGCAAACGUUAUUCACUCCUUCUGAGCACAACUUAUGGCUCAUAUCAUUCCCUGAUGGAUCAUUUAAAGAAACGCAGCAUCAAGAAGUACGAACAGUAUCCGGGUGAUCUCAUAAUGUCAACGGCGUUUCGCGAUGUUCCCUUCCCAACGAUACAAAAUGACCGAGAAGUGAGAACAUUUUCUGAUUGUGACGAAUCGCAAAAACGAGCAGUUGCGGCAGCAAUGAAUCGGCGAAGAUCCUUCAUGUGUAUACAAGGACCGCCUGGAACAGGAAAAACAAAAGUCAUCAGCGAAAUUAUUUAUCAACUGACAAGGAAAGGAAAUAAGGUUCUCGUUUGUGCCCCAUCGCAUUCGGCAGUCGAUAAUGCUUUAGAUCGAGUGCAAGACGAACAACACGCCAUCAGAUUUCACUCUGAGAUUGAGACAAGUAUGCAUAAUGAAAUGGCGAAACACCCCGAAUUCUCAAAAUUCGAAGCAAUUACAAAAAGUUUGGGAGCUACACAUGAUAGUGUGAAUGGAAAAAUGAUGAUUCAAAAAGCGAAUGCGUUGAGACAUGGGAUAAUAAAAGAGGUGAUUGCGAAGAAAAAUGUAAUCUUCUGUACGGUAACAUCGAGCAUGACAGCGGGCGUACGAAGAUAUGGAUGGGAACCGGAUGUUGUUAUAAUUGAUGAAGCGGCGCAAUGCGUCGAACCGGCCAGUUGGGUACCGAUUUUGAAUGCGCGCCGUGUAAUUCUCGUCGGAGAUCAUCAACAAUUACCGCCAUUAGUCUUCUCUGAGGAAGCACGCAAUGAAAAACUUCAUAUCUCGUUGAUGGAACGUCUCGCCAACGAGUUCAAGAAUUGUAAUAUCAACUUUUUGUUAACAAAGCAAUACAGAAUGAAUGAGAAGAUAAUGCGCUGGUCUAAUGAGAACUUCUACGAAGGACGUUUAGAGGCUGGAGAGGAAAAUCGCCACAUAAACCUGAGUGAAAUCAGCUCUUUACCGGAGACAAAUAUCUUUGCCCAGCCAUUACUCUUCUUUGAUACGAGCUCAUUGAAUUUUUCCGAGAAGAAGAACCAAUUCAAUCAGUCUUUUUCUAAUGAAGGUGAAGCAAAAGUGGUACUCGAUUAUGCGCAAAAGUUGAUCAACGUUGGAGUGAAUGCUAAAGAUAUUGGUGUCAUUACUCCAUAUUUUGGACAGGUUAAAGUCCUUUCAAAGAUGUUGAGCGAUCAAGGUUUGAUAGUGAAUACAGUUGACGCGUUUCAAGGACAAGAAAAAGAAGUUAUUCUCUUCUCAAUGGUUCGCGAUAAUCGGAAAAAAGUUUUGGGGUUUUUGAACGAUUAUCGUCGAAUGAAUGUCGCUGUGACGCGAGCGAAGCGGCAAUUUGUGUUGAUUGGUAACAAAAGAAUGCUUGAUGACGAUAAAAUAUUGCGGUCUCUUCGGGAAACAAUUCGAGAACAGGGAAGAAUAUUGAAUGCUGAAAAGGUGCAACGGUUAAAUGAUUUAUCGACCGUUAUUGUU